AUGUUGACAGCAGAAAACUUCCGGUCUGUUUGGAUAGAAACUUACAGUUCCAGUUUGUGUUCGACCUUUUUUUUACCAUCAAAUACUCUUUGAUACCGAGACCGGACCUGAACCGGACCCACACCGGACCCACACCGGACCACCGGGUCUGAACCGGUUCUUCACAGCCGGACUCACACCGGACCACCGGGUCUGAACCCGUUCUUCACAGCCGGACCGGACCACCGGGUCUGAACCCUCAGCUCCGGGAUGCAGCACACCGACACCUUCCGCCGUCUGACCGAGCGGAUCCUGGAGGAGGCGGCUCAGUCCGCCGUGUCCGUCCUCCUGAAGGACCGGGAGCAGCAAGAAUGGGCAAAACGGGACGAGGAGCAGACGCACCAGGACCAGGACCCGGACCAGGAGCGGGCCCGACUCUCCGCCGUCUUGAACGCCAUGAGCAGAGAAGCUGCCCGUCAGAUCUGCAGAGUUUUCAAAGAGCUUUACAGCAGCCUGCGGAGGGAUACAGUGGAACACCUGGAGUCUGAGCUCAAGGACAAGACCAGCACGCAGUCUAAAACCAAACCUUCAGAUGGCCCCGCCCACUCCCUGGACAUCAACCCACCAGCUGCCAACCCUGCUGCACCUGCCGUCGCCAUCCUCAACUCAGCCAAGUCAAGUGGAAGCAGAGGAAAAUCUGAGGUACCUCUGGUCACCAUCAGCCAUCUUCUGAAAGGACCAAUCACAGGCCAGAGCUGUCCCAUCACUAAUGCUAAACCUGCAGCUGAUGCGCAUCGGAAUAAACAACCCUCCAUGACAUCACUUCCUGUAGCUAAUAAUCAGCCAAACAGAGAGACAUCAGGCCAAGAAGACACGCCAACGACAGAAGAAGAACUGGCUGAUUAUAAAACAAUGAAGACGGACUGUUUGGGAGAGACAUCACCUGAGAGACACCCAGCUUUGGAGGAGGAGCGGACGGGGCAGCAGAGAGAGGAGCGGACGGGGCAGCAGACGGGGCAGCAGAGAGAGGAGCGGACGGGGCAGCAGAGAGAGGAGCGGACGGGGCAGCAGAGAGAGGAGCGGACGGGGCAGCAGACGGGGCAGCAGAGAGAGGAGCGGACGGGGCAGCAGAGAGAGGAGCGGACGGGGCAGCAGAGAGAGGAGCGGACGGGGCAGCAGACGGGGCAGCAGAGAGAGGAGCGGACGGGGCAGCAGAGAGAGGAGCGGACGGGGCAGCAGAGAGAGGAGCGGACGGGGCAGCAGACGGGGCAGCAGAGAGAGGAGCGGACGGGGCAGCAGAGAGAGGAGCGGACGGGGCAGCAGACGGGGCAGCAGAGAGAGGAGCGGACGGGGCAGCAGAGAGAGGAGCAGACAGGGAUUGAGAUUGAGGAGGAGAUUGUGGAGGAGAUUGUGGAGGAGCAGCUGAAGGAGCAGCAGAGGAGGAGGAGGAGGGAGCUGUAUAAAGAGAAGAGGUUCUUCUGUGAACUCUGUAACAAAGGUUUCCAUCAGAAUCAUCAGCUGAGGAAACACGUUUCCAGUCACGUCAAACCGUUCCCCUGCAGCUCCUGUGACAGAGGUUUCUUUAAAGCUUCAAGCUUGCAGCGCCACCUGCUGGUCCACCAGCUGAGUGAGGCCCGGGAGAGCGACCCCGACCGCCUGCUGCGCUGCGACCAGUGUGACAGGAAGUUCAAUCGACUGCGACAGCUCCGGGUCCAUCAGGCGUCUCACCGGCUGCAGAAAUCGCCUCUGAAGUGUAACGUGUGCGAGCGCAGCUUCACAUCUGCCGGCUCCCUCAGGUACCACCAGGUGUCCCACGCCCAGGUGAAGCCCUUCACAUGUGGCGCCUGUGGGAAAGGCUUCACCAGGAAGAAGAGCCUCCAAGAGCACCAGACCAUCCACACCGGCGCCAGGCCAUACCGCUGCCCCACCUGCGGGAAGAACUUCUCCACAGCUGGAAACCUGCGCGUCCACCAGAGGUCGCACUCUGACGAGCGGCCGCACAAGUGCAGCGAGUGUGACAAAGCCUUCAAGUGUAAGAUGGGUCUGCUGCAGCACCGACUCGUCCACUCAGGAGAGAAACCCUUCAUGUGUCAGACCUGCGGCCUGAGCUUCAGCCUCAAGUACAACUUCCAGAGACACCUGCGUCUCCAUAACGGAGAGAAACCAUACAGGUGUGAUAAAUGUGGAGAGCGCUUCACGGGUACCUGGGCGUUGAAGACCCACAUGCAGGUGCACGGCGUGGAGAAGACGUUCAUGUGCGACCUCUGUGGGAAGACGUUUUUCUAUAACUGUCAGCUGCAGAAGCACCAGCGGCUUGUCCACUAUGAAAAGGUUCGAGAGCGUGCGGUGAGACGGAGGGCGGCCGUGGUGAAACCGUUCAGCUGUGACACCUGUCUGAAGACCUUCAGUACCGUGACGGUGCUGAAGACACACGAAAAGAGCCACGCUGAGAACAAAGAGUUCACCUGUGACACCUGCGGGAAGUCGUUCCACCUGCGACACCUGUACCUGUACCACAUGAGGCAGCACAGCGGCGACCGGCCGUACGUCUGCGGCGUCUGCCAGAAAGGCUUCUUGCUCAUGACGCAGCUGAAGCAGCACGAGCUCCUGCACACGGGAAUCAAACCGCACAGGUGUGACGAGUGUGGGAAAGAGUUCAGGACGUCUCAGAACUUCCACCGCCACCGCCUGGUCCACACCGGAGAGAAACCCUACGAGUGCACUGUGUGCAGCAAGAAGUUCAGGCAGUCCAACCAGCUCAAGUCUCACAGGCAGAUCCACACCGGGGUGAAGCUGUACACCUGCGAUGGCUGUGGGCGUGGUUUCUCUGACUCCCGCCAGAUGAAGAAACAUCGUUGUGGAGACGAGUGUGACAGGCUGGAGUCAGGCAGCAGACGCAGAAAACAGAAGAACCUUUUUCCGUGGUCGGAGAGUUUCACAAAUGAAUAACAUGAAAAACAAUCCUUCUGAUUCCGAGUCGGAUUAGCUUAGCAUAAAGACUGAAAACAGGCGCUAACUGUUAGCCUCGGUCUGUCCAAAGACCCAAAGUGCACCAAUCAGCUGAUUGGUUUCUUUCAGACAGAGGGAGUACUGUCCCUUUAAAAGAUCUCACAAUGUUUUUAAUAUGUAACGACAAAAAGUGAUAAACCCAACCUUAGUUUUUUAUACAUGUUGGUUUCUGAAUGACUGACUCACCUGCAGCAGGUUUUUGAGAUAUUCUCUUUAUUACUAGACAGAAAAAAAAUAUCACCCGAGAUCACCCGAGAACACCAGAGAUCACCAGAGAUCACCCGAGAUCACCCGAGAUCAUCUGAGAACACCCGAGAUCACCCGAGAUCACCAGAGAUCACCCGAGAUCACCCGAGAUCAUCUGAGAUCACCCGAGAUCACCUGAGAUCACCCGAGAUCAUCUGAGAUCAUCUGAGAUCACCCGAGAUCACCCGAGAUCAUCUGAGAACACCCGAGAUCACCCGAGAUCAUCUGAGAUCAUCUGAGAUCACCCGAGAUCAUCUGAGAACACCACAGGUCAUCUGAGAACACCUAAGAUCAUCUGAGAACACCUGAGAUCACCUGAGAUCACCUGAGAUCACCUGAGAACACCCGAGAUUACCUGAGAUCACCCGAGAUCAUCUGAGAUCACCCGAGAUCAUCUGAGAUCACCCGAGAUCAUCUGAGAACACCUGAGAUCAUUGACCGCGUCAGAGUAAUGUGGUUAAAAAAAACCUAAAAUUUAAAAUGUUUUUCUGCCCCUGUUGAAAUCCAAAGUAAACAUUUUCCUCUGUUGAAAGUCCUCUUCCUGUUUCCUUUCACAAUAAAGGGCCCAGUUCACUCAAAA